AUAAUUUGUGUGUUCUAAAUUUGAGAUGGUAUCAGAGCAGUGAAACGAUCCUUGAAACUGUCUUAUAUACUCACGAAGAUGGCAACCAAAAUGACAAGCUCAUCUAACGAUGUGCGACGACUUAAUUUCGACCAGGGAUGGCGGAAAGUGACGGACCCCUCGUCUCCAUAUUUCCUAACGAACUCAAACUUUCCGAGUAUGGGAACAAAACUUGAGUGGAUUUUAGACUCUGGAGCAUCAUACCAUAUGACAGGAAAUGUGCGACUCAUGAGGAAUGCUGAAAAGUUGGUACACAUACCAGUGACAUUACCCAACGAUGAAAUCACUCAUGCGACGCAUAUGGGUGAUGUGUGGUUAAGCUCCACAGUAUUAAUAAGAAAUGUGUUACUAGUCCCUCGGUUGAAGUGUAACUUAAUUUCAAUAGCACGAUUGGUAGAUAAUCCGAAAUGUGAUAUAUUUUUUAGUAAUGACAUUUGUGUGAUACAGGACCAACUUUCGAGGAUGCUGAUUGGAAUGGGUAAACAACAUGGGGGAGUUUAUUAUUUUCAUAGUUUCGACGAGGUUCAAGCUCACCAAGUCAAGAGUGUGGAUUCAAUUGAUUUGUGGCAUUCACGGUUAGGGCAUCCUUCUAUGAAAGUGUUGUGUUCCAUUCCUAGUUUGAAUAAAUAUUUUUCUUCACUUGGACUGAAUAAAAAUUGUGAUGCUUGUUUACGUGGUCAACAAACUCAUGAUGUGUUUCCUAUUAAUUCUGCUCGUGCUAUUGAACCGUUUGAAUUGAAUUGAUUCUGUGACGUGUGGGGUCCUUAUAGCGUACUUGCUUCAUGUGGAGCCCCGUAUUUUUUAACAAUUGUGGAUGAUUUUUCGCGAGUUGUAUGGAUUCAUUUGUUGAAAGACAAGGGUGACAAUUUAACAAUUUUUUGUUAUGACGGUGAGACAAUUUAACAAGUAUGUGAAAGUGGUAAGAAGUGAUAACAGAUUGGAAUUUCUGAGUCUGAAAAAUUAUUUUUUAAAUAAUGGGAUUAUUUUUCAGACUACUUGUGUGUACACACCACAACAAAACGGUAGGGUUGAGCGCAAACAUAGGCAUAUUUUGGAUAUGGCUAGAACACUUCGAUUUCAUGCACACUUACCUAUUAAAUUCUGGGGAGUGUGUGCUAACAGCGGGUUACUUAAUAAAUCGACUACCCUCUCCGUUGCUUGAUAAUAAGUGUCCAUAUGAACUUUUGUAUCACAAAUCGCCUUUAUAUGAUCAAUUGCGUGUAUUUGGUUGUUUGUGUUACGCUCAUAAUAAAGAUAGAAAUGGUGAUAAGUUUGCUCCAAAAGGUGUGAGGUGUGUAUUUUUGAGUUACUCCUACUCUCAGAAAGGUUGGAAAGUUUAUGAUUUGGAAAAUGGACGCCAUUAUGUUUCUCGAGACGUGCAAUUUAUUGAGGCCUCCUUUCCAUUUUUGGAUAUGGAUGGGCAGUGUCCUAGUCCACACAAACAAGAUAGUGAUCAGGGAAAGUUAGAUUCUCUAGCCAUACCCUAUAAUGCCAACAACCAGAAUAUAUGUGGUGUACAACCACAAAUGCAUUCCACUGACAUUCAACAUGCAAAAUUGGCCUCUCCUUCCAUGACAUGGGAUCAAAACCACACCAAGAGAUCAUGGCGCUUGAACGUACAUGUACAUGGGAACUUCAAUCUCUUCCAAUUUAUCUGAAAGCACAUCUUACGGCUGUUGCGGCAUCUCGACACCAAUUUAUCUGCUAAUGACCACCCUACAUCUCCCGGUACGGGCUCAUCUACUGCAACGCCGCCACAGAUUAGAAGAGGAGAUCGCGAACGGAGGGUCCCUACUUGGCAUCAGGACUAUGAGGUACAGGUACAUCAGCUCAACAAUGUAAAAAUAAACACUCCUCUCGUUGCUUGCACAUCUCCGAUGGUUUCCACAGAGCCAUCCACUUAUCAAGAGGCAGUACAUGAUCCUAGGUGGAGGGAAGCCAUGCAACGAGAGAUCAUGGCGCUUGAACGUACAUGUACAUGGGAACUUCAAUCUCUUCCACCUCGUAAGCGAGCAAUUUAUUGCAAGUGGGUAUUUAAGAUUAAAUACAAAUGUGAUGGUACAAUAGAGCGAUACAAAGCACGCCUUGUGGCAUGUGGGAAUAGGCAGGUUGCAGGAGUUGAUUACACGGAAACAUUUGCACCAGUGGCCAAAAUGGUGAUUGUAUGUACUAUUUUGGCUGUUGCGGCAUCUCAAUAUUGGGAGUUGCAUCAGAUGGAUGUUGACAACGCAUUCUUACAUGGUAAUCUUCAGGAGGAAGUCUAUAUGUACUUGCCACCAGGGUAUUCUGCUUCUUCCCCGGGAAAGGUGUGUCGCUUACUUCGUUCACUUUAUGGACUACGUCAGGUGCCGCAUUGUUGGUUUUUAAAGCUGACUUGUUUCUUGAAAUCUUACGGAUUUCAACAGGAGGCUUGUGGGAAAACUUAUUUAUCUUACUUUGACUAGACUGGAUAUCAGUUAUUCUGUGCAUGUUCUUUCACAAUUUAUGCAGCAACCCCAUGUAGCUCAUUGGGAUGCGGUUAAUCGUGUCCUACGUUAUCUCAAAGGACAUCCAGGCUAGGGAAUUUUGCUUCGGAGUGAUCCCAAUCUCUCUUUAACAGGAUAUUGUGAUUCUUAUUGGGCUAGUUGCCCAGUUACCCGAAGAUGUCUUACACGUUAUUUUGUGAUGCUUGGAACAUCUCCUAUCUCUUGGCGAACCAAAAAACAAGCAACAGUUUCUAGAUCAUCAGCUGAAGCCGGAUAUAGAUCCAUGGUUGCACUCACUUGCGAGCUCAUUUGGCUGAAAAGCUUAUUAUCUUCUUUAGGUGUUCUCCACUCCUCACCUAUUCGCCUAUUUUGUGACAAUCAAGCAGCUAUUCAUAUUGCCUCUAAUCAUGUCUUUCAUGAGAGGACGAAUCAUAUAGAACUUGAUUGUUAUUUUAUUCGGGAUCAUAUUUAGGCUGUCACUAUUACCCCAUCAUAUAAACCUACUACUGAACAACCAGCCGAUAUCUUUACAAAAGUUUUGGGUGCACAACAAUUUAAUUAUCUUCUUAGCAAGAUGGGCAUUAUGGAUCCUCAUGCUCCAUCUUGAGGGGGGGUGUUGAGUGUUGUAUUUUAUUAUUAAACACGUACACAUGCAACAACUCAUGAGAGACGUACACAUGUGGAGCUCCUUCAUAAUUAUCCAUUUAAACUUGUAAAUAAUACUA